GGAAAAAAAAACCGGAAAACCCCAAAAGAUCACGAUCCUCUCACUCGUAAAUCAUGUCUUGGCUCUUCAAAUCUCGCGGCGAUGAUGAUCACGAUCACGAUCCUUCCUCUCCCACCACUCAUGGCGGUGUCAAAGAGGAUUUAUCUUCCUUGCUCCGUGGCGUUGCAGCUUUCCUCGCACCGCCUCCUUCUCCACCGUCUGCUCCUCCUGUAGACGAACGCCGACUUUCCUCUGACUCACCAACUCAGCUAGGACUUACCGGGAUCCGCAACGAUCUAGCCGAGAUUCGUGGGAAUUUCUCCAAUUUCGCAUCUAAUUUACUCCAAUUUCCUAGUAAUCUAAGAGAUAGAGAAACUAGUAGAAGAUCUGUGUUGAAGGAUGAGGGAUUGGAUCAAGUUCCUGGAAUUUCUGAUGAAGUUGUCGAUUUUGCGAUUAAAAUCUCCACGAGACCUGGUUGUUGGACAGAUUUUCCAUUGUCACUUAAUACUGAAUUUGAACUGUCUGAGGCUCAAAGGGCUCAUGCAUCAGCCAUUGAACAUCUUGUUCCUGGCCUUGUAGCUGUGAAGAAUCAAGUUAGCAGUUACAUGGAUGAUGAACACUUCUGGCUGAUUUAUUUUAUUUUGCUGAUGCCGAGACUGAAUGGACAUGAUUUUGAACUCUUAGCAACCUGCAAGGUAUUUGAAACAAGGGAUCAACUUUUACUAAAGCUGCAAAAGAAAGAGACAGGGUCAAGCAAGAGCUCUGGUGGUCACGAAACUCCUGAAGAAGGUAGCAGUAGGGCAUCAGAAACCGUGGAGGGAGUCAUCGACAAGAUAGAGACUCUAAAAAUUGAGCAGAGAGAGAUAAGUGAUGAGUCAUCUGAAGAACAACGGAGGAGUUUCAGAGAUGAAGAGGUAAUAUCCUUUAGUGAUUUAGAUGUCGAUGAUCUCUCAGAGAGGCCAUGUUCCAACAGGAGUACACUGAAAAGACCAGCAUCAAACGCAAGCGGUUCAAGCUGGGUUCAGCUCAGCAAGAGUCAAGUUGGACACAGCAAGGAUUCAGAAGGUGAUUCCAGUGACUGGCUUCCAAUCGGCGAUUCUGAUUAACGUUUUAAAGGUAUGAAAUUGGAUAUUACUGUAAAGUGAAGUGUUAGCAAUGACUUUUAAACGAAACCAUGCACAUUUUUAUUAAUAAAAAUCUUACUGUGUA